CUCAAAAUGACGCGCUUGAAACAUUUCUCAGCAUAAAACGAAUAUCAAACGACGAGAGAAUACAGAGUGGUGAUAAAACGGAUACCAAGUGCCAAACAGCAACGCAACGCAACGACGCAUAAACGAUAGUUAAUAAAAGUGCUUAAAAAGUGCAUACAAAUCAAAUUAUUUUUUUCUCUUCCCUCCGUAAAAAGUGCUUAAAUCUGUCACCAUGUCGCGUUCAAGUAGUUUGUUUUUUAAUUUGUCUGCUAGUUUAGAGACUAAAAAACUUAAUUGAUCAUAUCUAUUCAAACCACGUAAGAAAAAACAGCAGGCAGUUAAAAAGAGCAGUUAAUAUAACCCAUUAAACCCGUUUGAAAGUGAAAAAAUAGAGUUAAAAAGAGAGGUAUCAAACAGACUGUUCCAGAAAAGUGCAACCUUUACAUUCCGCAUAGCUUUCCGGGACUCAACCCAACCCAACCAAUAAAUUCCCCUUCGGUUAAAUUCACUUGGUGACUCAGGGUUAAUCGCCUAAUGGCAAGUUCGCUCAACAAGACGAGACACAGACGCAGACUGGCUGCGAUCUCGUUCCUAUCGAAUAUCUCGUUAGAUGGCACCCAUCGGGACACCAAAUUCGGCGCAACAUUCGGCAGCAGCCUGCUCUGCAACCAGAAUAAGAACCCAACCUCGCUGGGACUCGGCUCAGGGGGCUAUCAUCCGCACUAUCAGCAGCAUCACCACCAGCGCAGCCACUCGGCCACGCACCACAACCACCAGAAGAGGCAUCCACAGCAGCAGCAACAGCAACAUACUCAUCAGCAGCAGCACCAGAAUCAGAAUCAACAGCAAAACCAUGCCCAGCAGCAGCACCAGAAUGGUGGUGUCCUCUGCUCACCGCUCCUCUGCAGCGCUGAUGUCCACAUGGGCAUCGAUGGCGGCUUCGGGCUGGAGGAGUGCGCCGCCGGUGCUGGUGGUGCCAGCGAUGGUGACGGGCAUUUUAGUGAAACUGAAAAUAUGGGUCAAUACCUGAUGAACGUCCUGCCGGCCGCCGAUCACAAUCGCAGCUGCGUUGUGCCGGCCGAGAGACGCAACAUAAAGCGACCGACCUCGUCGGGUCGUCAGAACCACCAGGUACCGGGCAGUGGCAAUAUGGGCAUGAUGAGCAACAAGCUCCAUCAGCAGCAGCAGCAGCAAAAGCAGCGACAGGCACGGAGUUGUACCGCUGGCAGCGGGGGAUCGGGUGCCGAGAGCGGCAGCGAUUCGGACAGCGUCAAGAUACCGCUCAAGGUGUCCAAUCUGGGCAGUGGCGGUGGCGUGGCCGGUGGAGCUGGCAACAGCAAGCUAUUGCCACUAAGGGAACGCACGUUCAGCAAUGGGGCCAGCGAUCAGAAUUUGCAGCCGGAGCGGAGGGCCCGUCUCAAUACGGCGCCGGGUAUGCGCGCCGGUAACUCCAACUCAAGCAUCGCCGUCGGUGGCGGCCUGAAACGCACCUACGUUCUGAGUGGAUCAAGUGUGAGCCACAUAACCGAUGACAGUAGCACGGAGAGCCUGACGCCGGCGGGAAAUUUUGCCGGCAGCUUCCGAAACAGCCUCAGCAAAUCGGUGCAGAUCAGCGACAGUCGGCGGGGAACCGCCGGCCAGGCCCUGGGUCUGGGACAGGGAAGGGACGAGCGAAUGGUGCUGGUGUCCCGCAAGGUGCCGUUCUUUAUAUUCUCGGCGCUGCCUUACUACAAGGGCAAGAAUGGAAGAGCUGAAUUCCGUAAGGAGGAUCGUCGUCGUAGGAACCCAUCCACAUCACGACCAUUAAGUUCUAUCAAUGAUGCCCCCUUCGAUCCAUUUGAUUUGCUGGGCAUACAAAAGGCCGAGAGCGGUCAGGACAUUUCCUAUGGCCACCUGCUGAUACCCUCGCGUCAGUACGAAAAGGAGCGCAAGAAGCAUGGCAAUGCCUCGACAAAUCCCUCCAUCUUCGAGAACCAAAUGGAGAUCACGAGCACGGCUGCUCUCAAGAAUCAUGGCAUUGCGAGCACAAAAACCAUAACCAAACGUCAAGGCAAAUGGUGUUUCACGUAUGAGAACAAUAACAGGAACAGUGCGGCCAGUCCCACGCCAGACCUCAAGUUGGACAUGGACAUAGAGAGCGUUAUCCUUGGCGGAGACUCAGUGCGUAACCAACAGUACUCGGCCAGCAUCUUGGACGAUCCGGAAUUGAUUGCCGGCAAGCAUCGCACUCUGCUGACCUUUACCUCCUACAUGACCUCUGUCAUUGACUAUGUGCGGCCCUCUGACCUGAAGAAGGAGCUAAAUGACAAGUUCCGCGAGAAGUUCCCCACCAUCCAGCUCACGCUGAGCAAGCUGAGAAGCAUCAAGCGAGAGAUGCGACGGAUCAACAAGCUGGACUCCCGCAUCGACCUAGUGACCAUAUCGCAGGCGUACGUGUACUUUGAAAAGCUCAUCCUGGCCAAUCUGAUCAAUAAGAGCAACCGCAAGCUGUGCGCCGGCGCCUGCCUGCUGCUCAGCGCCAAGAUGAACGACGUGAAGGGCGAUGCUCUCAAGAGCCUGAUCGAAAAGACGGAGAGCGUGUUUCGGCUGAAUCGCAAGGAGCUGAUCUCCUCGGAGUUCGCCGUGCUGGUGGCUCUGGAGUUUAGCCUGCAUGUGAACCGGCAUGAGGUGCUGCCGCACUAUCAGCGGCUGCUCUACGAGUCCUAGGACUGGCCAAAGCGCUACGCCGAGAAGAGUUUCCUGGCGGCAGCGCAGGCGGUGCAGCAGCUGUGCCGCAAGGGGAGUCGCAAGUAGCAAGGCGGCUGUUCGUACUUAGCAUACUUUUGGGUGUUGGGUUUUCAACGAUCAUUGAUACUAUUGCAUAGGCUAAGGCGUAGCUACGUAAGUUUUUUGCUAAAGAAAAGAAACAAGAAUGAAAAAUGAAAAAUCUAAAAAAAAAAACAAGUACUUAUAUCCCAAAAUCUUCCCUUUUCCCCACAACGUUUUUAGACGCAUAAGUGUUUAUGUUUACAUAUAUUUUCUUGGGUUUCUGUUAUAGACAUUUCAAAAAUGAAUAAACUAAAGUUAACCAAA